UCUCUUUUGUGAAUCUCUUAAGAAUAUUUUUGAGAAGCCUCUUUCAAACAUGAAUGAUCCAAUUCCCAAACCCGUAGUGGAAGUUCAGGUUCAAGCUGAGAGACGUCUCUCUUCAUCAGAAAAAUAUACAACCUCAGUCUUCCUCACCAUCAAUACCAAAAAGGAUGAGAUCCUUGUAAAUCCUUCCACUGCCACUGGCCAUCGAACCCUAAAGCCCAUUCCGCUUUCCUAUAUUCCCAUGAAUUUUAGUCUACUUAGUUGUAGUCACCAUCACAUCCAGUUGUUACUCCAGUUUCGACUCCAUAGGAACGACCAUUGGUUGUGCAAUCACUUAGUCCCAAAGAUCUCAACGGCUGUAAUCAACGCAGGUUUUGGGUACAACGACGUUGAUUUGACCAUGAACGUCACAGUUACUUACCCGUACGUCUGUGUCGACGAGACAUCAUUAAAGGUAUUGAGGGUUCGACUAGGGAGGAUCAAAGCAGAGGAAUUGAAGAGUUUGAAUCUGGAAACAGAGUCUUGUUCCAUCUGUCUCCAAAGUCUAGUCUCCAGUUCGAAAACACUUACUCGCAUGAGUUGUUCCCAUGUAUUCCACAACGACUGUCUCGUGGAGUGGCUCUACCGCAAAAACACUUGCCCGAUGUGUCGGACUGUUCUCUAGAGGACUGAAACUAGGGUUUUAUCUACUUUAUUGCAUAUCUUGGGUCACACGUACGCUCUUGUUAAGAAAAAGUUUAUGUAAUUUAGUUAUCAAUGUUUCAAAUCGAAGUUGGAAAUUUUAAUCUUGUGUGUUUUAAGGUUUUAAAUCUAUUCAAGAAGAGGUUUGAAAUUUGUAAUAGCACCAUUACUUGCAACUGUGCUGGUUUUAAGUUUACAUGCAACUCGUAAUGUCUUAACUAAUAAUAACCAAAACCUUUUCACACCAAGCUGUUGCUGAAAUCAAACUCUAGCUCUAAGUAAAAUUGUUAAAGAUUGGUUUAUCGAAGUUAAGAAAUAUCGACACUUAGUGAGAGACAUUGGCACCAAAAGGAAUUCCCACAAAGCUGCAGGUGUAUUCCUUCUUGUAACAGAUGCUUCUCCUUUUUCAUAAGUAUGUUCCUUAUUCGGCUUCUCAAAGUUCCUAGAUG